AUAUCAUUGUGUGUGAUUCAGUUCACCUGUUCAGUUUAUAAGUUACUCUCGAAGGGAGAGUUUGUUUCUUUUAUUUAGAAUUGUGACCGUAAAACAUUGUUGAUUUUUUUCUAUUUAUUAAAUUUUGAAUACGUUGAUUGUUGUUACAUUGUGUUGUCUGAAAUAUAAUGGAUAAUAAAAUGUACUUUGGAGGCGUGGAAGGUGGUGCAACACACUCAAACAUGGUCAUCUGUGACAACACAGGCCGAGUGGUCGGCAGAGCGGAGGGACCUGGCACCAACCAGUGGGCUCUCGGCAUGGAGGAGUGCACCAAAAGGAUUAUCGCCAUGGUCCAGGCGGCGAGAGAGGACGCCGGGAUACCGAAUGACAGGAUACUCGAUUCUUUGGGUCUGACACUCUCCGGCUGUGGUCCAGAAAGCAGCAACUCAGAAUUAGCUGCGAGGGUGAAGGAGAAAGACAGCAAAAUCGGCAUCAUAUACGUCGGAUCUGACACUGAGGGCUCACUGUUUACCGGCGCCCCAGAAGGGGGGAUGGUGCUGAUUGCUGGUACCGGUUCCAACGGUCUGCUGCGGACGUCCGACGGCAAACAAUACGGUUGCGGGGGAUGGGGCCAUAUGUUGGGGGACGAAGGCAGUGCGUACUGGAUCGCCCAUCGUGCGGUGAAAAAGGCUUUCGACCAGAUGGACGGACUUCGGCCGUCUCCUCAUCCCAUCCACAACGUGUGGGAGGCGAUCAGGGAGCAUUUCAAUAUCCAGAAACAAGACGAUCUACUCCGUCACGCGUAUAAAGACUUCGACAAAUCCCGGUAUGCUGGUCUAACAGCAAAACUGUCGGAACUGGCUUUCCAAGGAGACGCGUUGUCAUGCCACCUCUUCGCCGAAGCUGGCAGUGCUAUAGCGGCCCACAUAAUGGCUUUAGCUCCUAAAGCUACUGGAAAAGUUAGGAUAGUUUGUGUAGGGUCCGUAUGGAAGAGUUGGGAGGUGCUAAAACCUGGAGUGCUCAAGGAGUUGACUGAUCAAAAAUUAAAUUUAGAACUGGAGUUCGUCAGACUACGUGUGUCGAGUGCGAUGGGCGCAGCUUGGAUCGCUGCAAAGCAAGCCAACUAUGUACUGCCGAGGGACGACACCAUAUUCUGCGACGUUCUAUACACAUACCGAGGGAAGGAUAACUUGAAUGUAACGAAUUGUUUAAACGGUGAGAACGGAUCAAUUGGUGAUUCCAAAGUGAACGGUAGACAUUUUGAAGAUGGACAGUUGUGUGGCUGUGACAAUUGUGCAUUCGCUGCAGGUGUUAUAGGUUAUGUUAGUUUUAAAGAGAAAAUUUACGCUGCAACUGUAAUAAAUGACUUGAAAGGUAGACGCGAGAAGUAUAAUUUCAUUGCUGAUGUAGUCGCUGUGUCUGCGCCGGCUGUGGUGUACAUAGAAAUCAAAGACGGACGCCGUGUAGACUUGUUCAGUGGCCGACCCAUAACUCUGUCCAAUGGUUCAGGUUUUAUUGUGAAAGAAGAUGGACUUAUAUUGACUAAUGCUCACGUUGUCGUGAACAAACCGAACUCGAUUGUUAGCGUGAAACUCAUGGAUGGUUCCACCCACACUGGCAUAGUGGAGGAUGUAGAUCUAAAGUCAGAUCUGGCUACGCUCCGAAUCCCUGUCAACGGGCUGCCGACCAUGAAGCUUGGCUCUUCGGCCGACAUCAAGCCUGGCGAGUGGGUGGUGGCGAUGGGCAGCCCGCUAUCCCUCAGUAACACAGUGACCGCCGGCGUGGUCAGCUCCACGCAGAGGGCCAGUGAAGAGCUCGGUUUGCGGGGUAAAGACAUGGUGUACAUACAGACGGACGCGCCCAUCACAUUCGGCAACAGCGGUGGCCCAUUAGUGAAUUUGGACGGUGAGGCGAUUGGCAUCAAUAGCAUGAAGGUCACCUCGGGCAUUUCCUUCGCCAUACCCAUCGAUUACGUGAAGGAGUUCCUAGCUAAGAGAAAAACGAAGCCACCUCAAGUGUCGAAGCGAUAUCUCGGCAUCACGAUGCUGACUCUGUCGCCGAAUAUAUUAAUGGAGCUUAGAUUGAGGAAUCCAGAGAUGCCCACAGACAUCGAGCAUGGGAUACUCGUGUGGAAGGUCAUCAUCGGAUCACCAGCGUACAAUGGUGGUCUGCAACCGGGUGAUAUAGUAACGCAUAUAAACGGUAAACCAGUGCACAGCGCCAGCGACAUCUACAUGAUGUUGGAGAACUCGAGCGGCAGUUUGCGUAUCGACGUCGUUAGGGGGCGCCAGCGGAUCACCCUUUCGGUCACACCUGAGAUACACUCGUAAACGUACUGUAGUAGGUGUUUCGAUAAUGUAUUUUUUUUUAUGCCAACAAGGUUUAAAAUGUACAGUUUACAUAUGGUGUUCUCAUACGUACAUGAAAUGUUUUAUAAAUUUUUUUUUAUACCACUGUGGUGGCAAACAAGCAUACGGCCCACCUGAUGGUAAGCGGUUACCGUAGCCUAUGAACGUUUUAUAAAUUUAAUGAUAUAUGUACAAAAAAUAAUUCUUAAACAUACAGACAUUUUUUUUUUAUUAUACAACUUAGAAUGGCAAACAAGCUGACGGCCCACCUGAUGGAAAGUGGUAACCAUCGCCUAUAGACAUAAGCAGUACCAUGGACAUAACAGAGUAUACUGUUUCGCCCAUGAUACCCCCCAUGCGUUGCCAUUCCUGUGGACUCAGAUGUUAUUCCUUUGUACCCUGUAAAUUCACGCCAUAUCCCACCCUUCAAACCGAAACACAGCUAUGCAAAUACAACUGCUUCACGGUAGAAACACGAAUGAGACAGAGGUACUCAAGCAAUCAACUUUUGUACAAAGUCUCUUCUCUUGCAGGCAACCUGGAUAGAGAGGAGUAAUUAUAAACAGUUUGAAAUUAAAUUAAUUAAUUAAUUUAAAUGAUCGAUUUUAUAAUUUAAUUGCUUUAGUUUUAGAUUAUAUAGACAGAGUGUCUCCACACAAAUGCCUCGAAAAAAAAGCAGGUCUACUUAUUCGUACAAUUUCGUCACAAUUUGGUGUGCAUAAUUUAAAAUACAUUGAAAUAGUACAUUACUGCGGCGGCCAGCAACUGAAGCAUUGAUGGACGAAUGUGCAAAUGUGGCCCGAGGCGUAGCCGAGGCACAUAUACGUGAGUCCAUCAAUGCCUAGUUGUGGCCAAGGCUUAUAUAGUACUUUUCUCAAACAAUGCGCAAAAAUCAAAAACAUAAUUUUACUUUUUAAGUUCAAUGAGGAAUAACGAACAAUAAUAUUUUUUCACGUGCCAUUAUGUUCCUUUGAUUUUUUUUUCAAUAAACAGCUUUCUGUUUGCAAACCAGUUCGAAAUUUAAAUAAAACCUUUUAUUAGUUAUCUCCUUGGUAGCCAUGUUUCGAAGUAAAAGGUCAUUCCAUUUUUAAAUUACAGGACAGAUAUGAGUUUACAUAGUAAUUUAUCUGGCCGCAAAACACGACAGAUAUGGAUUUUCAUACAACUUCUGCCCGCAUGUAUCUGGCCAGUACGGCAAUUUUGGUUUAUCUCUAAAAAGAUUGUCAAAAUAAUGCUCACAUAUCCAAGCAUGUUUGAGAAAAUGUAUAUUAUAUCAGUUUAUUACUUCGCUCUCAAAAAGCAAAA